UGGGGGAAAAACAAAAAGAAAGAAAACACCGAUUGUGGAGCGUCGGUUGCAGCUAUGCUUCAACGAUUACAGAGUUGCAUGUUGAGGAAAAUGCAACUCGCUACUCAUGAAUAUGUGAUACUUCGCGUAUUCGCAAAGUACUACAACUUAUCGCGCACGUUACCUGACGACUUCGUAGCGCUAUUAAAUUGAUUUCCUUUUGAUACUGUCUCAAGAGAAUACGCAAUGAGCCCUUUUAAGCGUAAAUAUUCGACGAGAUGUAUGUUUGUUUCGCAGUGUCCCUUUGAUGACCUGAAAGAAAAUGUCUUUCUAUGACAAUCACUACUAUCAUCUCAACAAACGACUUUUGUCCAUCAUCGGCCAAUGGCCGUAUCAAUCGCGUCUGGAGAGUAAUAUGAUGUUCGGCAUCACGCUAUUCUUCACUGGCAGUUUGACAUUCUUGGAGGGAUGGGGUCUGGUAAGCGGCAUAACAGAUCUGAGCAUCAUCAUGGAGAACGCGUCGCCGAUGCUGGUGAACAUCUUCAUCUUUGUGAAACUGCUCAAUUAUUUCUUCAAUAAGUAUAAAAUGAAAGAACUUCUGGAUCACGUCGAGGAGACCUGGAAGAUGAUGCAAGUGGGUCCACGUAAUGAAAUAUUGCGGAGCUACGCGGAACAAAAUAAAGUCUAUACGAUAAGAUACACGUUGGCUUUGUACACGAUGUGGAUCUUGUACUCGACGACGCCGCUCAUCGUCAGCUGGACAUACAAGCUUCUGCCGAUUAACGCGACCUACACGGCCCGAUUUCUCUAUCGUUUGGAACACGUUUGUGACGUGGACAAGUACUUCAAUCUGCUGAUGCUGCAUGGCUUCAUCAGCGUGUUCUACAUAGUAUCAGUGCCGAUCGCGGUCGACGCGAUGUUUAUACUUUGCAUCCAGCAUGUCUGCGCGUUGUUCGAGAUCAUAAAGUACGACAUGGAGCGCAUACAAGGUUCGGAUUUCGUGACGCUUGAGCCGGAUAUUGCGGACGACAUCGGGUAUCAUAAAAUAAUCGAGUGCAUUAAAUUGCACGACCAAGCGUUCAAAUUUUCCGAAUUGCUCUCAUUCGCUUACGCAACGUCCUACCUUUUUCUACUAGGAAGUGUGAUCAUAUGCAUCAGUUUCAGCUCGGCUGAGUUGCUCAUGGUGGAUCUUCAGUUUGACGAAAUUGCCAGAUUUUCCGCCUCUAAUAUAGCUCAAUUGUUACACAUAUAUUAUCUGAGUUGGAUGUGUCAGCGAUUGCUCGAUUACAGUGGCGAUCUUCAUAAAGUAAUUUACAGUUGCAACUGGUAUACGAUUUCAAUGAGAUCUAGACAACUGUUAAAAUUCAUGUUGAUGCGUGCCACUAAACCGUGUCAAAUAAAAGCUGGAAAGAUGUACGUAAUGUCGAUGGAGAAUUUCAGCUCGAUUUUGCAAGUAUCUGUAUCUUACUUCACUAUGCUCACGUCACUGCAAUAAUUUUGUUAUAAUCAAUAAACUCAAUGAAACUAUACAGCGCAAUAAAAUUAUACAACCUGUUUAAGACGGUAUUGUCGUUUAGAAAUUUGAAAAAAUCGAUUUUGAGUUUUUUGGAUUU